UCAACUCGGGUGCUCCAGUCAAGUGCCGGUGCGCCACGAGCACGCAGACGCGCGCAGCAAGCUAGGCAGGGGCACCUCCUCUCUUGCCGCGCGCCACGGACGACGCCAAUAAUGGCCUCCUCGAGGCUCGCCCACGUCGUGGUGGCCUUGGUGCUAACGUCGUGCGCCCUCCUCUGCGCCGACGCGUCGGUGCACGAUUACACCGGCGAGCGGUUCGUCGGCUCCAGCAACGCCUUCGUCCUCCACGGCGGCAGCGAGGGCGUCUACGCCACCUUUAAGGCCGGCGCGUUCAUCCGUUUCGAGAAGGUCGCCUUCAGGAGGACGCCGGAGUCCGCGGCCGCGGCCGAGGAGGACGGCAACCGCACGGCCACGGUCACGGCGGUCAUGUUCGAGGCCGGCCACCGCGACGCCGUCGGGGGCACGGACGUCUCCGGCGAGCGAGCGCUCUGCUGCACGCCGGACAUGGCGAAGCUCGGGGUGUGCACCGAGGGAGCGGUGAUGCACCGCGCGUGGAACGCCACCGGCUGGCCCAAGGUGCUCUCGGCCUCCUUCCUCCCGGGCGGCCUCGAGGCGGCGUUCCCGGACGAGACAGUCGCCGUGUCGCGCACCGGCAUGUACACCCUCCUCUUCGUCCACUGCGACGCCUCGCUCACCGGCGGGCAGGUGGCGGCCGCGGGAAAGACCAUCUGGAAGAACAGCCGCGGCUACCUCCCCGGCCGGAUGGCGCCCCUGGUGCCCUUCUACGGCGUCAUGUCGCUGGCGUUCGCGGCGCUGGCGGCAUACUGGUUCGCGCAGUACGCGAGGUUCUGGCGGGAGGUGGUGCCGCUCCAGAGCUGCGCCACGCUGGUGAUCGCGCUGGGGAUGGUGGAGACCGCCACGUGGUACUUGGACCUCGCCGAGUUCAACGAGUCCGGCGUCCGCCCGCGCGGGGCCACGUUCUGGGCGGCCACCUGCGGCGCGCUCCGCGGCGUGGUGGCGCGCGUGCUGGUGCUGACCGUGGCCAUGGGCCACGGCGUGGUGAGGCCCGCGCUGGCGGGGCUGAAGAGCGCCAGGGUGGCCGGCCUCGGCGCCGCGUUCUUCGCCGCCGCGGAGGCCCUCGAGGUCGGCGAGAACGUCGGCACCGUCAGCGACCACUCGCCGUCGCCGGCGAGGAGGCUGUUCCUGGUGCUCCCCGUGGCGGCCCUGAACACGGUGUUCGUGUACUGGAUAUUCAGCUCACUGUCCAGAACUCUGACCAAGCUCAAGGCGAGACGGAUGACGACGAAGCUGGAGAUGUACAGGAGACUCAACAAUGCAUUGAUCAUCGCGGUGGCCGUGUCGCUCGGCUGGAUCACAUUUGAGAUCCACUUCAAGUCGACGGAGGAGUACAACGAGCGGUGGCGCGCGGCGUGGGUGAUCCCGGCGGUGUGGCAGCUCAUCUCCUUCUCGCUGCUCUGCGCCAUCUGCCUCAUCUGGGCGCCCUCGCAGAGCUCCACGAGGUACGCCUACUCGGAGGAGGAGGAGGGCGAGGACGUGGACCGUGACCUGGAGGACACGCGGCCGCUGAUCAGGCCCGGCCCGCUGUCCUACGUGGACACCUGGGCGAUCUCCGUCUCGCAGGACGCUACCAAGAUCAUCCUGCGAACGGACUCCGGCGUGUACGCCAAAGCCGCCGGCGACGGAGGCAAGCGGGUGUAAGCUCCAGGAGCUGAGGAUGCCUGACGGUUUCGUCGUAAGCAUGUUGCGUUAGAAACUACUUAAAAAAAAAGCUUCCCACACACUGUAGCACGGAGGAGUUUGUUUGCACAGGGGAAAGGGGAGCGAAGGGGAUUCUGCCAUGGCCGUAGCAGUUGCUGCUUGUACAAAUUCGGCACUCGCUUCUUGGAUAAUCCUGUGGGUGCACUGCAACAACGCUGCAAUUGCAGAGAGUGAGCA